ACGAAAACGAAAUCAUAAACGACUGUGGGUUUUAAGUAACUAUUGUCGAGUUAAAAUGCACGGUAAAUUAGCUUCUUUAUCUGCAGAACAUAAUAUAAGUUACAAUUACUAACCUCCGGAACUAAAGCACAGGCAAAUUAUUCAACAAAACAUCAACUUUGAAAAUUAUUUGGAUAAUUAUUUGAUAAAGUGUACAAUGGCAACAUUGAUAAUGUCCAACAAGAAUGAUGUUGAUCAAUCGAAGCCAUUUUCCUACAGCCCGUAUUAUCUAAAGAGUAUCACAAGGCACCGGAAAAAUAAAAAAACAUUAGUUGAAACUUCAUCACCCUGGAAAGACAGCUUUCAAAACCCCCUGGACACUUUGGAGGAACAGAGCGAAAAUUCAUCCAGCACCCAACCUGAAGAUUCACCAAGAAAUCUGACUGAGUUGACCAAGAGCAAAACAUAUUUGGAGAUAAAAGCGAAAUUGAUUCAAAUUGCAAAAUCGAGAAAGAAAGCAGUGGACAAUUAUUACACCCAACAUUUCCGGAACAAAAAAUUCCAAUUAGCUGUAAGAAAAGUAAUUAUUUGUCUACGGUGGACAGCGUUUUAUCUAUUGAGUUCAAAGGAUACUAUACAAGAAGCAAAACGGCUGUACACUGAAAUGCAAUUGAGAACAUCAGAUUAUGAAACAGUGGAUCUUAUGUUUGACAAAUCCUCAUACAAAGCCAAAACCGCGGUUAGAAUUUCAAAGGAAACACGAAGAAUACUGAUGAAAUCACCACACCAGCGAACGGAAGAAGAAGUAUUUAGGGCACAGAUAGCAUUGGGAAACAUUAAAGAUAUAGCCCAGUAUCCGUUCAGAAUGCAGAGGGAAAUUGCUAAAUUCGGAGAAUAUGAAAGUUUUGGAGGUAGGAGAAUAAUACUUCGUCAAGGUCAUCCACCAUCAGCUAGUUAUUUUGUUCUUUCGGGUGAAAUGUUUGAGCUUAUUUACGAAACUUCUGAUGGAAAACCCAAACUUGGUCAAUCUAUCGUUAAAGGUGAUGAAUUUGGGGAAAAGGCCAUUGUAGAUGAUACUCAUCGAGAAUGUACUGUCAUUACUAAGGAACCAACAGAAUUGUUAUCACUGAAGAAAAAACAUUUCCGGCGAAUAUUUAUGUUAGGGGGAGGACUUUGUGUUUUAGAUUCAGAACAGAAACAGUUUCUCAGACACUUACCUUAUAUGAAAGGAUUUCCAAUCGAGAAGUUGGAAGAAAACACAGAGAAAGUUAAAACUCAAUAUUUCAAGAAAGGUGACAUGUUAACUGAUGAUACCAGAUAUUUUCCUUGGCUGAUUCUUGUCAAAACGGGUAGCGUUUUCAUUUACAAGCGUUUAAAGCGGAUAGUUCCUUUAAACAGUAACCGUAAAGAACCAGUACCACAUUUAACAGACAAGAAAAAGAAGCAAGAAACUCAAAGUCUGCUUACGAGAAGACAGAUGCUUAAUGAUAUCCAUAUACCAGUAAGAUUAAAUGUAGAAAUUGAUCCAAAUGUUGUAGAAGAAAAACUGGGACAACCAAAGAAAUUUAUCCAUCCGUCAGACAGACACCCAGAAUGCGCCAAAGAUUCGCCAGACCUUCUCCAAACGAUGUCAGAUAAACAAAACCAUGAAACUGAAAAUAACAAAUACUCAUUUCACAGCAUACAAGAUCAGCUUUUAAAACGAACAACUCCUCCUCACUUUGAACCGUUACGGUCAGCAACGUCUACAGAAAGUAUCUCAUCAUGGCUGACUGGUGUUGAAUCAACAGUCAAUAACCUGCAGUUAGGUGACAGGUCAAAAAGUAUCCAUGAAAAUGACGAUAAUGAUGUUAAAGGUCAUCAACACUUCUGGGAAAGAGGUCGUAGUAAGGCUGAUGGAAAACGCACAGAGGAUGCAAAUACAGAUAUUGUCCAUGUUCAUACAAUCACGAAUGGCCAAAUUUUUGGUCUGGAUGAUAUAAUGGUUGAUAAACGAACAGAACAGAGACAAAGUUUUAGUGUAUUUAGUGGUGGAGCUGAUGUUAUUUUUAUAGACAAAUAUUUCUUCAAGGAAAAUAUGACGGAACGAUUUAGAAGCAAACUCGUAAAAUAUUUUUGUCCGUAUCCUUCGGACGAGGAACUACAAGAAAAGUUACAAACUGAAGUGGAUUGGAAUGAAUAUAGAGUACGCACACUGAAUAAUACAUUGUUUAUAUUGGAAAAAGAAUCUCGCCUAAGGAAAUCACAGAACUUGUUUUAAUUUAAUCAAAAACUAAUGAGUUUCAAAAAGACUCAUUCUUAAAGAUAAAAAUAUAUCCAAAGAAGCUUAAUUCAGAUUACUGAAGAAUUCAAUUGAAGACUAUUUAAGUACAAGCACUGGACACGAAAUCUGAGAGAACUAACGUUGUUAAUUCUUGCAUUCAGAAGCGCAUACAAAACUUCAUAGUUUCUUACACUGUUUCAACAGAGAAAGAUUAGUAUUUGAAUUGCCUAGCAAUAGAACCUGAGAACAACAGCAAAUAUUGGAAUCACAGUUAUAUACCUACAUCAUUUACGAAUGAGAAGAUAUUAGAAAAUCACAAAUCCGACUCUUCUUCUUCGGCAUUAACAUAAAAAGGACGAUGAAACCCUCCUUUAUUUUGGAUAUCUAAACUUUAAAAGAAAAAUGUAAAUAAAGAGCGAUACAAAGCAGGCUCGUCUCGAUAUUCAACAACACCACAUCUUUCAAAAUUUGCUCUACAGUAAAAAUUGACCUUCAAUAAAAGUGUGGUGACAUAUACCACCUGUUCGGUUAAUUAGAUGUAGAUUCCUAAAAUUCUAAAAUCUUCGAUCACAGUCAUUACAAUUUGGCAAUAAUAUCAAACUUUUGAUUUUUCUUUUUCUGCACAAACUUUUCAUGUUGAUAUUUUAGCAAACAGACGGUA